AUGUCCGAUAUUCCAAUUGAUUUUACCGAACUCACCCAACUAACCCAAUUGGGUAUUUCUCCAUCGUCGUUGGACUUCAAAUCAACCACCUUGGAGUCGGAUCAUUAUAUAUGUAUUCGUGAAUCGGGUCCACUGGGCAACACGGUUGCUAUUGUCGAUUUGAAAAACAACAAUGAAGUCACGAGAAAGAACAUGUCAGCAGAUAAUGCCAUUAUGCAUCCCCAAGAGUUUGUCAUUAGUUUGAGGGCAAAUGGAACUACAUUGCAGAUUUUCAACUUGGGGUCUAAACAGAGGUUGAAGGCCUAUACUAUGAAUGAACCAGUCAUAUUUUGGAAAUGGCUUGACAAUCAACAUCUUGGUUUGGUGACACAAUCCCUGAUUUACUUUUGGAAUGUGUUUGAUGGGACCAAUGACGGGCCAAUCAAGUUGACUGACAGGCAUCACACAUUGAAUAAUGCUCAGAUCAUCAAUUUUGUUGCCGAGCCAGAUUUGAAUUGGUUUGCCGUUACUGGUAUUGCUCAAGAAGAUGGGAGAAUUGCUGGUCACAUUCAGUUAUAUUCAAGGUCAAGAAACGUUUCUCAACCAAUUGAAGGUCACGUUUGUAAAUUUGCUUCGUUAACCCUAAGCGGAGCUGUUCAACCAACCAAGGUGUUUUGUGUUGGUAACAAGAAUGCACAGGGGCAAGGAAACAUGCAUAUUAUUGAAAUUGACCAUGUUGAUGGAAACCCACCAUUUCAAAAGAAGGUCGUUGACAUUUUUUUCCCACCUGAUGCAAGUAACGAUUUCCCAAUAAGUUUACAAGCUUCGGACAAGUAUGGAAUAGUUUACAUUUUGACAAAGUAUGGUUUCAUCCACUUGUAUGAUAUGGAGUCUGGGUCCAACUUGUUUGUCAACAGAAUUACUGCUGAUCCAGUAUUUACCGCAGCCAGCUACAACAAUGGAACUGGAUUAUUGACUAUCAAUAAGACUGGCCAAGUAUUGAGUGUUGAAGUCAGUAAGGACAAGAUUAUCCCGUACGUUUUGGAGAAAUUGGCCAAUGUACCUUUGGCAAUCUCUUUAGCUGGACGUGGUGGAUUCCCUGGUGCUGAAAAUUUGCUUAACCAACAGUUCCAAGCAUACUUGAACCAGGGGGACUAUACCAAUGCCGCUAAAGUAGCUGCUUCUUCCGAACAGUUGCGUACACAAGACACCAUCAACAAGUUGAAGCAUAUUACCCCUCAACCAGGUCAAAUCUCACCCAUAUUACAAUACUUUUCAACUUUGUUGGACAGGGGUACUUUAAACAAAUUUGAAUCUAUUGAAUUGGCCAAGCCUGUAUUGCAACAAGAUCGUAAACCUUUGUUUGAGAAAUGGUUAAAGGAAGAUAAGUUGACUUCAUCUGAAGAGUUGGGUGACAUUGUCAAAUCUUAUGGAGAUGCUGCAUUGGCUUUGGCGGUGUACAUCAGAGCCAAUGUCAAUAUCAAGGUGGUUUCGUGCUUAGCUGAAUUGGGCCAGUUUGACAAGAUUUUGCCAUACUGUCAAAAAGUUGGCUACAACCCGGACUACACCAACUUGAUCCAAAACUUGGUUAGAGUCAACCCAGAUAAGGCUAGUGAGUUUGCCACUUCGUUAUUGUCUAGUGACACACCACUAAACGUUGAACAAAUUGCUGAUUUAUUCUUUUCUCAAAACUAUAUUCAACAAGGAACUGCUUUCUUAUUGGAUGCAUUAAAGAAUGAUUCUCCAGCUGAAGGUCAUUUGCAAACGAAAGUUUUGGAAAUCAAUUUGUUGCAUGCGCCACAAGUAGCCGAUGCGAUCUUGGGAAAUCAGAUGUUUAGCCAUUAUGACAAACCAACCAUUGGUAAAUUGUGUGAAAAAUCUGGUUUGUAUCAAAGAGCCUUGGAGCAUUAUGACGAUUUGAAAGAUAUCAAGAGGGUUAUUAUCCACACCAGCGCCUUGCCAAAUGAUUGGUUGGUUUCAUACUUUGGUCAAUUGAAUGUUGAUCAAUCUAUUGCUUGUUUGAAGGAAUUGUUUAGCCAUGACUUGGCACAAAACUUGCAAGUGAUUAUCCAAGUUGCCACAAAGUACUCUGACUUGAUUGGUGCCAAGAAGUUGAUUAAAUUGUUUGAAGAAUACAAGUGUACCGAGGGGUUGUACUACUACUUGAGCUCCAUCGUCAACUUGACUCAAGACCCAGACGUUGUUUUCAAAUACAUUCAAGCUGCUGCUAAAAUUGGACAAACUAAGGAGAUUGAAAGAGUUGUUAGGGAUAACAAUGUUUACAAUGGUGAAAAAGUGAAAAACUUUUUGAAAGAAGCCAAUUUGGAAGAUCAAUUGCCCUUGGUAAUUGUAUGUGAUAGAUUUGGAUUUGUUCAUGAUUUGAUUUUGUACUUGUACAAAAACAAGCAUUUUAAAUUCAUUGAAGUCUAUGUUCAAUCCGUUAACCCCGAUAACACGCCACAAGUCAUUGCUGGAUUAUUGGAUGUUGACUGUGAUGAAUCGAUAAUCAAGAACUUGUUGAUGUCAGUAUUGGGCAGAGUCCCAAUUAAACCAUUAGUUGAAGAAGUUGAAAAGAGAAACAGAUUGAAGAUUUUGUUGCCAUACUUGGAAAAGACUUUAGAGGGUGGCUCUAAUGAUCAAGAGGUUUACAACGCUUUGGCAAAGAUUUACAUUGAUUCAAACAACUCACCAGAAAAGUUUUUGCAAGAAAACAACAAUUAUGAUACUUUAACUGUUGGUAAAUACUGUGAAAAGAGAGAUCCAUAUUUGGCUUACAUUUGUUAUGCCAAGGGAGGCAAUGAUGAUGCAUUGAUUGAAGUCACCAACGAAAACAAGAUGUACAAAUACCAAGCAAGAUACUUGUUGCAGAAAUCUGAUCUUGAUUUGUGGAACAAGGUUCUUUCAUCCGACAAUGUUCACAGAAGACAGUUGAUUGAUCAAGUUAUCUCCACUGGUAUCCCAGAAUUGGAUGAUCCUGAACCAAUUUCAAUCACCGUCAAGGCUUUUAUGGAAAAUGAAUUACCCGAAGAGUUGAUGGAAUUAUUGGAAAAGAUUAUUUUGGAACCAUCUCCAUUUAGCGACAAUGCCUCGUUGCAAGGAUUGAUGAUUUUGACUGCUGUUAAAGCUGAUUCAUCCAAGGUAUCCGGCUACGUUGAAAAGCUCGAUAAAUUUGAUCCACUUGAAAUUGCACCUUUGUGUAUCGACAAUGGUCUUAACGAAGAAGCUUUUGAAGCCUAUGACAAGUUUGAAUUGAGAUCCGAAGCCAUGAAAGUAUUGAUUGAGGAUAUUGUAUCCUUGGACAGAGCUGAACAAUAUGCUGAAAAGUAUGACACGCCAGAAUUGUGGUACCAACUCGGUACUGCACAAUUGGAUGGAUUGCGUAUCCCCGAUGCCAUUGACUCCUAUGUCAAAUCUAAGAAUCCGGAAAACUAUGCUCAAGUGAUUGAGAUUGCUGAACACGCGGGUAAAGAAGAAGAGUUGUUGCCAUUUUUGGAAAUGGCAAGAGAGACUUUGAGAGAACCAGUUAUUGAUGGUGCAUUUAUCAAUGUUUAUGCCUCAUUGGACAGAUUGAGCGAUAUGGAAAACUUUGUCUCAGGAACCAAUGUUGCCGAUUUGGAAGCCAUUGGUGACAAGCUAUUUGAGGCCAAGAACUACAAGGCAGCCAAGAUUUUGUAUAGCAAUGUGUCCAAAUAUUCCAAACUUGCUACUACUUUGGUUUACCUUGGUGAUUAUCAAGCUGCUGUUGACUGUGCCAGGAAAGCAUCCAAUACCGAAGUUUGGAAACAAGUUAACAAUGCUUGUAUUGAAAACAAGGAAUUUAGAUUGGCCCAAAUUUGUGGUUUGAAUUUGAUCAUUGAUGCUGAGGAGUUGCCUGAAUUGGUCAAGACUUAUGAAUACAAUGGGUACUUUACUGAAUUGAUUGCGUUGUUUGAAAGUGGAUUAGGUUUGGAAAGAGCCCACAAAGGUAUGUUUACCGAGUUGGCUAUCCUUUACUCCAAGUACAGUCCUGAGAGAGUUAUGGAACAUUUGAAGUUGUUUUGGUCAAGAAUCAAUAUUCCUAAAGCCAUCACUGCCUGCGAAGAAGCUCAUUUGUACCCUGAAUUGAUUUUUCUUUAUUGUCAUUACGAAGAAUGGGAUAAUGCUGCUUUAACCAUGAUUGACAAAUCGGAAGUUGCAUUUGAACACUCGUCAUUCAAGGAAAUUAUUGUCAAGGCUCCCAACUUGGAGAUUUACUACAAGGCAAUUCAAUUUUACCUUAAUGAACAACCAUCAUUGCUUGUUGACUUGUUGCUGGUUUUGUCGCCAAGGUUAGACUUGCCUAGAGUUGUUAGAAUGUUUGUCAAGAGCGACAAUCUUCCCUUGAUCAAGCCCUUCUUGGUGUCUGUGUUGGAGAAGAACAAUAGAGUUGUGAAUGAUGCAUACCAUUCAUUAUUGAUAGAAGAACAAGACCACAAGGCUUUGAGGGAUGCUAUUCAGUCUUAUGAUAGGUUUGAUCAUAUUGAUUUGGCUGAAAGAUUGGAAAACCACUCACUUGUCUAUUUUAGACAAAUUUCGGCAUUGCUCUUUGCCAAGAACAACAAGUUUAACAAGUCGAUUUCCAUUUUGAAAAAGGAUGGUGAUUGGGUCAACUUGUUGAAGGUUGCUUCUGGUUCAAACCAAAAAGUUGUUCAUGAAGUACUAGACUACUUUGUUUCCACCGGUAAUUACGAAGCUUUGGUGGCAUUGUUGUAUACAUGUUAUAACCAUAUUGAUUCUACCUAUGUUGCUGAAGUUGCAUUUGAAUACCAAUUGGGUAACUUUGUUGCGCCAUACAAGAUUUACAAGGAUUUUACUAGGGAACAAAUGUUGAAUGAUUUGUUAAAAAGGCUUCCAAAUAAGGAGGAAGAGACCGAGGAGAAUGAGAAUCCAAGAUUUAUGCUUACUUAUUAG